AGCUGUUCUCAUUUCGUUGAUCUAUUUUUUCUGCUGUAAUCUGUCGCCUUCUGUUAUUUCCUAUUUCUCUACUUGAUUUUACACAACCCUAUAUCCAUUCUCUUCUUCGUACAUUUCUCUGUGCAUUCUAUAGUCUUCUUCUUCUUCUUCUUCUUCUUUUAGACCUGUCGAUUGCAAAUUGAAUUCAUCCAUUUUGCUCCUUAUUUUCCUAUUCCAUUUCUACAUCGAUUCCUUAAUCUCAACUCCAUUUCCUCACCCUGCAAUUUCCCAGAAAUUCCUUGAAUGAACGACAAAAUCAAACCACUGCAUCUGUAUUAGCGUAUUUGGAAUUAGAGUGACUUGGAAGAGCGAAUGGCCAACAUAGACAUCGAGGGAAUCCUAAAAGAGUUGCCUGAAGAUGGGCGUGUCCCAAAGACAAAGAUCGUGUGCACGCUUGGACCUGCUUCCCGAUCCGUCCCUAUGCUCGAGAAGCUUCUCAGGGCUGGCAUGAACGUUGCCCGCUUCAAUUUCUCCCAUGGCACCCACGAAUAUCACCAGGAGACCUUGAACAAUCUUAGGAUUGCUAUGCAGAACACCCGGAUCCUUUGUGCUGUCAUGCUCGAUACCAAGGGACCUGAGAUUCGGACUGGUUUCCUGAAGGAUGGAAAACCUAUUCAACUGAAGGAAGGUCAGGAAAUCACUGUGACUACCAAUUAUAACAUCAAGGGUGACACAGAUAUGAUCUCCAUGAGCUACAAAAAACUGCCUGUAGACGUGAAACCUGGAAAUACUAUCUUAUGUGCUGAUGGUACAAUCACUCUGACUGUUUUGUCUUGUAAUCCAGAGGCUGGAAGUGUGAGAUGCCGCUGCGAGAACACUGCAACACUAGGUGAGAGGAAAAAUGUCAAUCUUCCUGGUGUUGUGGUGGACCUUCCAACACUGACAGAGAAGGAUAAGGAAGACAUCUUGGGUUGGGGUGUUCCCAACGAGAUCGAUAUGAUUGCUCUUUCAUUUGUACGGAAGGGGUCAGAUCUUGUUCAUGUUCGUAAGGUCCUUGGGCCACAUGCCAAGCAUAUACAGUUAAUGUCGAAGGUUGAGAACCAGGAAGGAGUUAUUAACUUUGAUGAGAUCUUGAGGGAAACUGAUUCAUUCAUGGUUGCUCGCGGUGAUCUUGGAAUGGAAAUUCCUGUAGAGAAGAUUUUCCUGGCGCAAAAGAUGAUGAUAUAUAAGUGCAAUCUUGUGGGAAAGCCUGUGGUGACUGCUACCCAGAUGCUUGAAUCCAUGAUUAAGUCUCCUAGACCAACCCGCGCUGAAGCCACUGAUGUUGCUAAUGCUGUUCUUGAUGGUACUGAUUGCGUUAUGCUCAGUGGUGAGAGUGCAGCUGGGGCCUACCCAGAGCUUGCUGUAAAGAUCAUGCGUCGAAUUUGUAUUGAAGCUGAAUCAUCCCUUGACUAUGGAGCUAUCUUCAAGGAGAUGAUAAGAUCAACUCCACUUCCUAUGAGCCCGUUGGAGAGCCUUGCGUCCUCAGCUGUACGAACUGCUAACAAGGCAAAAGCAAAGCUCAUUGUAGUUAUGACGCGUGGAGGGACAACGGCUAAAUUGGUAGCCAAGUACAGACCGGCUGUCCCAAUCCUCUCUGUGGUUGUUCCAGUCUUGACGACUGACUCAUUUGAUUGGACCUGCAGUGAUGAGACACCGGCAAGGCACAGUCUGAUAUAUAGGGGCUUGAUUCCUCUUUUGGCAGAAGGAUCUGCUAAGGCUACUGAUGCAGAAUCCACUGAGGUUAUUUUGGAAGCUGCUUUAAAUUCAGCGACUGAGAGGGGGUUGUGCAAGCCUGGUGAUGCUGUUGUUGCCCUCCAUCGAAUUGGAGCUGCCUCUGUUAUUAAGAUAUGCAUUGUGAAAUGAUGUGAAAUAUGCAGAAUGCCUUGGAGAUAUGGCUUGGAGAGGCUGUUGCAAGAAAGUGGACGCUUAUUAUAAUUAUUAUAUUUUUUGGGACCUGUUGUGGGGUCAUUGGAGGAUUAGUUAUUUCCUCUGUCCUCACUCUAUGUUAUAUGAGACUGGAAUUGUCAUUUUAAUUAGAUAAUGUUAUUGGCAUGUUCAAUCA